GAUUAAUCAUACCCCGUGGGGAUAGUCAAUGUCGAAGGAAAAGACUUCCCGUUGGAGCGAAGCACGCUACGCCAACAUGGAGAUUCCAAGCUAUAUCCCAUCUGAAGCCUUGGUUCAGGAGAACGGCCAAUUUCUUCGAGCCUUUUUGCUGAGAGCAGUUGCCCAUGAUACGCAGCGCAUGCUGCAAACGGAUACGUGCGAUCAGUACUUCCGCAAUAUUCCCAUCGUGCCCGAGUACGAUGCGAAUGGCAAUCGUAGCAACACCUCACAAAACAUGUUGGCGGAAAAGAGGCUCAAGAUCCUCGACGAGAUUGGGCGUCUCAACCGUACCUAUGUCGAACUAGACAACGCCGCUAAAGCGAAGGAAAUCUCACGCAAAAUUUACUUUACGGAUGCCCAAAUGGAGACAGGUGAGUGGGGGGCUAUUCUGGGCGCCCGGGGCAGCGUUCACCAGCAACUGGAGAAAGAGACCAAGUGUAAGAUCGUCCUGGCCGGGCGGGGCAUCACAAAUCCACUGAAAGAUACCAGUCCGAACGCGGCUGCCUUGUCGUUAGAGGAUCCGCACGUCCGGAUCACUGCUUCAAGCGAGGUGGAUCUGCAGAACGCGGCGGAGCGGAUUGAGUGGAUCCUAUCCGAUGACCCCGAGGCGGUGGAAUUCCGUGAAAAGAACCGACGCCGAAUGGCUCAGGUGGAGGGUCGCUACGAUCCUCGCACAUGGGUAUCAUCGAGCGCGCUGUACGCUGCAGAGGGCAAGGGAGCCGGCAAAUCAGAGGGUGCGGCUAUGCCGGCGAUCGACGCGGAGCUCGAUAAAUUUCUGGAAGAUUUGGAAUAA